GCUCCUGGAGUCUGGAGCGAGCAGCAACGUGCGCCCUGCGAGCGCAGCCGGGAAUAGGAAUCACCGCUGGACCGCUCGCCCCGCCGCCGGGAAGGGGAUGGGAUGGGGGCAUCCUCCCUCUUUUCCAGUUCCCUCCCGGAGUCCCCCGCCCCAGAUCCCUAAAAGACGCCGGGACUAGAGGCCAGAAAAGAAGCAGGGAGAGCACCACGCCUCUCCUUAUCCGUUCCCACGCCUCAUCCCCAUCCCCCAGGAGUGCGGAAGAGGACCAGGAGGAGAAGGAGCGCGGGAAGCAUGGGGGAAACAGCCGGAGGAGGAAGAGGAGGAGGAGGGCGAGGAGAGCGGUGCCAACUCCUUUUAUUGGGGUUCUGCUUCUGGGCAUCCGGAGCUGCGGCUCCCCGAGGAAACGAUAAUGGGGAAACUCUCCCAGAAUCCAUCCCUUCAGCUCCAGGAACACUGCCUCAUUUCAUGCAGGAGCCUGAUGAUGCUUACAUUAUUAAGAGCAAUCCCAUCGCUCUGAGGUGCAAAGCCAUGCCCGCUAUGCAGAUUUUCUUCAAGUGCAAUGGGGAGUGGGUCCAUCAGAAUGAGCACGUUUCAGAGGAAAGCAUGGAUGAAAGUACAGGCCUGAAGGUUCGGGAGGUGUUCAUCAAUGUCACGAGGCAGCAGGUGGAGGAUUUUCAUGGGCCUGAGGAUUACUGGUGCCAGUGUGUUGCAUGGAGCCACCUGGGCACCUCCAAGAGCAGGAAAGCCUCCGUCCGCAUAGCAUAUUUACGUAAAAACUUUGAGCAAGAUCCACAGGGAAAGGAAGUUCCUAUUGAAGGCAUGAUUGUCCUGCAUUGCCGUCCACCAGAGGGAGUUCCCGCUGCAGAGGUCGAGUGGCUGAAGAAUGAAGAGCCCAUUGACUCCCAGCAGGAUGAGAACAUUGACACCAGGGCUGAUCACAACCUGAUCAUCCGGGAGGCCCGUCUCUCCGAUUCUGGGAACUAUACUUGUAUGGCAGCCAACAUUGUGGCCAAGAGAAGGAGCCUUUCAGCCACUGUGGUGGUAUAUGUGAAUGGAGGCUGGUCUUCCUGGACAGAGUGGUCAGCCUGCAACGUUCGCUGUGGUAGAGGGUGGCAGAAACGUUCACGGACCUGCACCAACCCGGCUCCGCUCAAUGGAGGUGCUUUUUGUGAAGGAAUGUCUGUGCAGAAAAUUACUUGCACCUCUCUUUGUCCUGUGGAUGGGAGCUGGGAAGUAUGGAGUGAAUGGUCAGUCUGCAGCUCUGAGUGUGAGCAUCUGAGAAUCCGGGAAUGCACUGCUCCUCCUCCAAGAAAUGGGGGCAAAUUCUGCGAAGGCUUGAGCCAGGAAUCCGAAAAUUGCACAGAAGGACUCUGUAUCCAAGAUAAAAAACCUCUUCAUGAAAUAAAACCCCAAAACAUCGAGAAUGCUAGUGACAUUGCUCUCUAUUCGGGCCUGGGAGCUGCCAUCAUCGCUGUUGCUGUUCUUGUGGUUGGUGUCACCCUGUACAGACGGAGCCAGAGUGACUAUGGCGUGGACGUCAUUGAUUCUUCUGCAUUGACAGGUGGCUUCCAGACCUUCAACUUCAAAACAGUCCGUCAAGGGAACUCCCUCCUCCUCAACUCCUCCAUGCAGCCUGAUUUGACGGUGAGCCGAACUUACAGUGGCCCAAUCUGCCUUCAGGACCCCCUGGAUAAGGAGCUCAUGACAGAGUCUUCACUCUUCAACCCUUUGACGGACAUCAAGGUCAAAGUUCAGAGCUCAUUCAUGGUUUCUCUUGGGGUAACAGAGAGAGCAGAUUACCAUGGCAAGACCCAUUCUGGAACAUUUCCCCAUGGAAAUAACCGAAGCUUCACCACCAUACAUCCAAGAAACAAGGCACCCUACAUCCAGAAUCUUUCAUCUCUUUCUGCAAGGACUGAAUUAAGGACCACUGGUGUUUUUGGUCACCUAGGAGGACGUUUGGUGAUGCCAAAUACAGGGGUCAGUUUACUGAUUCCACAUGGAGCUAUCCCUGAAGAGGAUUCGUGGGAGAUUUACAUGUCUAUCAGUCAAGGUGAAGCCAGCCUCCAGCCAGAAGGAGCUGAAGUCCUCCUGAGCCCGGAAGUGACCUGUGGCCCUCCAGACAUCGUGGUCACUACUCCCUUUGCCUUGACAAUACCACACUGCGCAGAUGUCAGUUCUGAGCACUGGAACAUUCACUUGAAGAAGAGAACCCAGCAGGGCAAGUGGGAGGAGGUGAUGUCAGUGGAAGACGAAUCGACUUCCUGUUACUGCCUUUUGGACCCCUUUGCAUGUCAUGUUCUCCUAGACAGCUUUGGAACCUACGCUCUUGCUGGAGAGCCAAUCACAGACUGUGCUGUGAAGCAGCUCAAGGUGGCGGUCUUUGGUUGCAUGUCCUGCAACUCGCUGGAUUACAACUUGCGGGUAUACUGUGUGGACAACACCCCAUGUGCAUUUCAGGAAGUGGUUUCAGAUGAAAGGCAUCAAGGUGGACAGCUCCUGGAGGAACCAAAGUUGCUGCAUUUCAAAGGAAAUACCUUCAGUCUUCAAAUCUCUGUCCUUGAUAUCCCCCCUUUCCUCUGGAGAAUUAAACCAUUUACUGCAUGCCAGGAGGUUCCAUUCUCUCGCGUUUGGUGCAGUAACCGGCAGCCCCUGCACUGUGCCUUUUCCCUGGAGCGCUACACUCCCACCACCACCCAGCUUUCCUGCAAAAUCUGCAUCCGGCAGCUAAAGGGUCAUGAACAGAUCCUCCAAGUGCAGACAUCAAUCCUAGAGAACGAAAGAGAAACUAUCACUUUCUUUUCCCAAGAGGACAGCACUUUCCCUGCACAGACUGGCCCCAAAGCCUUCAAAAUUCCCUACUCCAUUAGACAGAGGAUAUGUGCAACAUUUGACACACCCAAUGCCAAAGGCAAAGACUGGCAGAUGUUAGCACAGAAAAACAGCAUCAACAGAAAUUUAUCUUAUUUUGCCACACAAAGCAGCCCAUCCGCUGUCAUACUGAACCUGUGGGAAGCUCGUCAUCAGCACGACGGUGAUCUUGACUCUCUGGCCUGUGCCCUUGAAGAGAUUGGGAGGACACACACGAAACUCUCUAACAUUACUGAAGCUCAGCUAGAAGAACCUGACUUCAGCUACAGCAGACAAAAUGGACUCUAGUCCACCUUCUUUCAUGGACAAACCGAUGGGCCAGCUUUUAGACUUUUACUUUCAGCUCCCACUGCUGGGGAAGGAAAGAGGUGACUUUUUAUCAGUGGCACUGGGGAUUUGAGCCUUUGUUUGUAAUCAGCAAAUCACCAUUUAAAGUGAAGGUUGUGUUGGAAAAUCUCUGUAACCAGGUAACCAGGUUAAGUGCAAGGUCCCUUUGAUUUGAGAGUUACCUUGUUCCUCCUUAAUCUUCUCAGAAUUAAAACUCUGGUUAAAAUUUUA